GGACAAAUCUAAUGGCGACUGCUGGAAAAAUCAUAAAAUGUAAGGCUGCAGUGUGUUGGGGACCCAACAAACCACUUAGCAUAGAGGAUGUUGAAGUUGCACCGCCUAAAGAACAUGAAGUUCGCAUCAAGAUUGUAGCCACUGGAAUCUGCCGUUCAGAUGAACAUGUCUUAAGUGGGUCAUUAAAUGACAUAAAAUUUCCAAUUAUAUUAGGGCAUGAAGGUGCUGGUAUAGUGGAGAGUGUGGGAUCACGUGUAACUGGCAUUAAACCAGGAGAUAAAGUCAUACCGCUGAUUAUUCCUCAGUGUGGAAAAUGCAGAUGCUGUGUAAAUCCAGAGAGUAAUUUCUGCUACAAAAAUUUCUUUGGCAAAUUUGAUGGCAAAAUAGUGGAAAAUACCACCAGAUUCACCUGCAAAGGUAUAGGCAUUCACAGCUUCCUUGGUACUGGCACUUUUUCCGAAUACACUGUAGUGGAUGAUAUUGCAGUUGCUAAAAUACAUGAUGAUGCUCCACUGGAUAGAGUCUGUUUGAUUGGCUGUGGGUUUUCUACUGGAUAUGGCUCAGCUCUGAAUACUGCAAAAGUCAAACACGGCUCUACCUGCGCAGUAUUCGGUUUGGGUGGAGUUGGUUUGUCUGUGAUUAUUGGAUGUAAAGUAGCAGGAGCUUCCAGGAUUAUUGCAGUUGAUAUAAACAAUAAUAAAUUUGCAAAAGCCAUGGAGUGUGGAGCUACUGAAUGUAUCAACCCAAAGGAUUAUGACCGUCCUAUCCAAGAAGUUUUGGCAGAGAUGACUGAUGACGGAGUUGAUUAUUCAUUUGAAGUCAUUGGAAAUACUGGAGUUAUGGAAUCUGCAUUGUCUUCUUCUCACUUUGGCUGUGGAACCACCAUCAUUGUUGGAGUAGCUCCUUCAAGUGCCAAGAUGUCCUUUGAUCCACUACUCAUUCUCACUGGUCGAACCCUAAAAGGAUCAACAUUUGGUGGUUGGAAGAGUAAAGAUCACAUACCACAGCUCGUGUGCGAUUACAUGAAUAAGAAAUUUAAUCUGGAUUUGCUUAUUACACAUAAAUUACCUUUUGAAAAGAUCAAUGAAGGAUUCAAGCUUUUGUGCAAUGGAGAGAGUAUCCGCACAGUGCUGACUUUAUAAAGACCACAACAGGCCCUUUCAAGUUGUCACCCUGAUGAAAAAUAUGCCUACAUUUUUUUGUGACAAGUAAAUUCAAUUAUUAAACAGUCAUCACAAAAUGACCUUCUG